AUGGCGGCAGUGACCGCGAGCUGCCGUCGUCCCUCCGGCCUCCACGUCUCGUGCAGCCUCUGCUGUUUCUGGAUGCUACUACUGUCCAUCCAUGUCCCUCGCGCUGGAUCGCUGUCCUUCGACCUCCGCUUCUCCAAACCCCAGAGCCCCAAUGUGUCCCAGCUGAUAAACUGCACCGGCGACGCGCUGCUCACUCAAGACACACUUGAGCUGACGCGGAACAGGCUUGACCAGAGCAGCACAGGCAGCGUCGGCCGGGCCAAGUACAUGCAGGCAGUGCGGCUGUGGGAUGGAGCCACCGGCGAGACGGCCAGCUUCACCACCACCUUCUCCUUUCGAAUCAUUCCGGACGCGAGGACGUAUCCUGGCGACGGGAUGGCUUUCUUCCUCGGGCAUUUUUGGUUGCUCGCCGUCCAACUCACCAUCAACGGCACAUCGUACAACGUCAACGCUACCGUUGAUCUGAGGAGCUACCUGCCAGAGCAUGUCGCCGUGGGCUUCUCGGCGGCGACUGGCAUCGGCGGCGAGCUGCACCAGAUACUGUCAUGGUCAUUCACAUCCACUCUUCAGGAACCACCAGCACCGGCACCGGCUCCGGCUCCGCCGCGGCCACCACCUCUGACAUCUGACAACAUCCAGCAUCCCAAUAAAAGAUCAGUGGGAACCCUGACAAUUGCCGUGCUCGUGCCUCUGCUGUUUCUCUUGGCAUGUGCAGGCGUGCUGGCCUUUUUUUGGGUGUGGGGUCUGUAUGGCCGGAACGCGAUCCUUGACGCGGUGGACGAGCGGCUGAGGGCCGGCGACGAGCUCCACGACGAGUGCAUGGAGAGGGUGCUCGUCGUCGGGCUGUGGUGCGCGCACCCUGACCAGAGCGAGCGGCCAUCCGUCGCGCAGGCCAUGCACGUCCUGCAGUCGGAGGACGCCAGGCUUCCGGCGCUCCCGCCGCAGAUGUACAAGGCGGCGUCGGACCUCGCCGUCACUGGACGUUCCUACGGCGCUUUGUCCGUUGAGAGCUUCAGCGGUGGUGAUUCAUCUACGACAACAACGACGACGACAACCACCGGCGACUCCAAGCUUUCUUCAGGCUCGUCGACCACUGCCUUGCUCCGAGAUACAAAAGAGAGAUCUUGA